AUCCUUCUUCAACGUUUGAUAUAGAAUUUCCAAGGAGGACCAACCAAGACUAUGUUCUGCUAAAGGAAGCCUUGCCAGCGCUUAGUGCUUUCACAAUUAGCCUAUUUGUCAGCUUCACAGAUCCCGGGGACAAAACAUAUUUCAACUAUUUUGCCCAGGGGAAGAUGAAUGAAAUAUUUUUUCACGAAAGAGUCAAAAAAUUCUAUAUAUGGAUCAAACGAAUGUCAAGGUUGGUCUAGAAUCUGCUAAAUCUUGUUACCAGAAAAUACAACAAUAGUUUUUCAGUCCAGAUAAAUCGAAACGCAGUUUACUCGUAGUCUUAGCCUUCGUCCACGAGCCAACAAUAGCUAAAUAGCGCCUCGCUUUCAUGAUUGAACUUUCUUUAGUGUUUCUUUGACAAAGCACGAAAACGAAGGCUCUUUUUUGUUGUUAUAUUUUCCUUUUUUCCGAUUUAAAUAAUUAUACUUUUCUACGCAUCAGAAAUGUUAAUUCCAAGAAAAGCAAUUGGACUAGCUAAGUCUUGUUCAUACACGGAAGGUUAGGGGCAGAAUAACAAAUUCAGAUGAGAGCCAGCUAGGAAUAAUAACAGUAUGAUAACAAACCAACCGCUGCCCGGUUAGCUCAAUUGGAUAAGCGCCGGUCUACCGAGCGGGAGGUCGGGGGUUAAAAUUCUGGCUGGACCAAAAUUCAGGGUCUUAAAAUAACCGAGCAGAAUGUGCUGCUUUUGUUUUGACAUCUACUAAUUGUUAGACAUUCUAGUCUUCUCGGAUAGGAACGAAAAAUCGUAGGCCCCGUCUCACAGCUCUUUCUCUGUUAUGAUUCUUGUUGGACGUAAAAGAACCAACACUGCUGUUAAAGAUUAUGGGGCGUAGACCCCGUUGGUGUGGUAGAACCUUUCAUUGGUUGAGUGCGUAAUGAAGGGUUGAUAUCAACUGGGACGCAAGUCCUGUUUCAUCCCCUGUCGCUGUGUUGAGUCUUCGUGGCGAAUUCAGUAAAGUAAAGUAAACCAAAAUAAGAAAAAAAUAGCCUGAGAAAAGAGCGGACAUUUCACGACGCCACCAUUGGUUUCCCAGCGAAAUGACGUCUGAGAAACGAGCGCAGAAAUUCCAUACUGAUGACGCGUCAAAGCCCCGAUCUAGGUAGUACCUCUGAUUAGUUAAAGCCAAUUUCCCACGCGGCAUGACCAAUCAAAAGCACUACCCAGAUCUUCGUAGUGACACGCGUACACUCGUUUCUCGGACGUCAUUUUGCAGGGAAACCAGUGAUGGCGUCAUGAAAUGUCGGCUGUUUUCUUAGGCUAAGAAAAUCGACCGUUUGGCAUAGUCGAACGACACCAUCCAACCAACUCUAGGAGAAAAAACCUCCUGAUGAGGAAUGUCUAGCCAUUUUUGUGGAAUUUUUGCAUUUGAUUCCAGGUCGCACCAAUUGCAGAUCUCACCUGACGCUUUGUGGCAUCAUUUAGCAGUGACCUGGGAAAAUGUCAAUGGGAGCUACGAGAUAUUUGUAGACGGCAAGUUCAGGGAAAGAGGAGAGGACUUGGCGAAAGGAACUCUUAUUAUUCCGGAAGGAAAUGUUGUUCUCGGAAACGACAAAGAUUCCCACGUACCUGCCGGCUUUGAAGCCAGGGAUGCGUUCGUUGGAAACAUUUCCAGAGUUAAUGUUUGGGAUUAUGUGCUUCCACGUGAAACCAUAGAGUUACUUUCUCAGCGAUGCGGGCUGGAGAACGGUAAUACGGUUGGGUGGAGGGACUUUAAGAAUGGAUCUUUCAAUGGUGAGGCCUUCAUUCGGGAACCUUCAUCCUGUCAGCGAGUGGAAUAAUUUAUGAGAGAACUUGUCAUGGUGGUCAUCAUUUCGGCAACUUUAAUUCUAAAGUUGUUGACUGAUUGGUCAAGUGCUGGAAUAAAAGGAGUCAAAAUACGU